UUAAAAAGAUUUUUUAUUCAACAGGAAAUGGAUCUUUUCAGAUACCGGUUCAGCUGCCUUUCUUCAAAGCACAAGACUGACGUUCUGCAUCAAUCAGGGCUGAUUUACGAGGUAAGUGCAGAGGAAAAGAAAAGCAUCAGAGACAAGCUCAUCAACUCAAGUUAUGGUUUGAAUGGAAUCACUGUUGAAGAGUUUUCUGUGACAAAGGUCCCAUUUCAGGAUGCCCUUGAUUUAGUGCAGUCCAGGAAAGUCUACUUGCUGGCUGGCAAUGCCUAUAUUCCCCACCAGGAGAUUGUACUUAAUGACUUCCACACAAGACUAUCCAAAGCACUUGCCAUGGCAGCACGAUCCCUGCCAGCAGUACAAUCUGAUGAACGACUCCAGCCACUUUUGAAUCUCCACUGUUUACACGCCUAUGUGGGUCAGGACUACAGCAUUCAGAAGAACAUUGGGAAAGUUUCACUGGAACAGAUCCAGUAACCUCAACCACUGAGCCACCACUGCCCCAUCUUUCCUUAUCUUCACUUCUUCCAGGUACUGAGAGAGGACCACCACCUGCGCCACGGUGGACACAUGCAGUAUGGCCUCUUCCUCAAGAGUAUUGGUCUUACUCUAGAACAGGCCCUGCAGUUCUGGAGGUCAGAGUCUGUCAAAGGUAAAGUCGGUGCAGACAAGUUUGACAAAGCAUAUGCUUACAGCAUCCACCACAUGUUCGGGAAGGAAGGCAAGCGCACUGACUACACCCCCUACAGUUGUAUGAAACUGAUUUUGUCAAAUCCACCCAGCCAAGGCAACUACCAUGGAUAUCCAUUCCGCCACAAUGGCCCUGAGCUCUUGAAACAGAAGUUGCAGUCCUAUAAAAUCUCCCCCAGUGGGAUCAAUCAGAUUCUGGAGCUAGUCAAGGGAAUGAAUCAGCUGGCCUGCCAGAAGUACUUUGAGCUGACACACAGUAUUGAGGAUGCUGGGUUUUCUAUUAAUCACCCUAACCAGUACUUCAUGGAGAGUCAAAGGCUUCUUGGUGGAGGCAGGGACAUCAAGAAAUUAGUUGAGAUGUCCCACAGAGGACAGAAUGUGUCAAACAAUGCACCCAACAUGCCCUGUCCACCUCAAGCAAACUCCAAACAGACCCAAGAAGAGAUGGGGGUAAACUCUUUUUUCCAGGAUGAGUGA